UCAGAUUAGAUGAGAGAAUGAGAACUGUGCAAGAAGGACCAAAAUAGCAGGAAGGACUCAUUUUAAGCCUUGCGAAAAUCCAUCAUGACUCUCACUGAGAUUCUCUUCAUCUUGACUGGGACUUGCACCGUCCUGGUUUUUGGAGGGAAACUAGUAUGCCUUCUUAUGAUGCUUGCUCCGAAGCUCUUCUGUCCUCUUUCUGAAUCUUUUUUCACCUCUAUGGGGAAAUGGGCAGUGGUCACUGGAGGGUCAGAUGGAAUAGGCAGAGCAUAUGCAGAAGAGCUUUCAAAACUAGGUAUGAAUGUGAUCGUCAUCAGCAGAAAUCAAGAGAAGCUUGACAGAGCAGCCAGGAAGAUCGAGCUCACUACAGGAGGGAAAGUCAAAGUAAUAGCUGCUGACUUCACCAAAGACGAUAUAUAUGGACACAUUAAAGAAAACAUUGAGGGUUUGGAUAUUGGUAUUUUAGUGAACAACGUUGGGAUUCUACCGAGCCAAAUACCCUGCAAGCUACUUGAAACAUCUGAUUUGGAAGAAAGAAUACAUGAUGUUAUCAACUGCAAUGUAAAAGCCAUGGUUAAGAUGUGCAGAAUUGUCCUUCCAGGAAUGCAGCAAAGAGGAAGAGGAGUCAUUCUGAAUGUGUCUUCUGGAAUAGCCAAAAUACCCUGCCCUAUUUACACCUUGUACUCAGCAUCAAAGGUUUUUGUGGAAAGAUUUUCACAGGGUCUUCAAGCUGAAUAUAAAUCCAAGGGAAUUAUUAUUCAGACAGUGGCUCCAUUUGGGGUUUCAACAUCAAUGACGGGACAUCAGAAGCCGGAUAUGGUUACAUUCACAGCUGAGGAGUUUGUGAGGAGCUCAUUGAAGUAUCUGAAGGCUGGUGACCAAACAUAUGGCAGCGUCACUCAUACCAUAUUGGGCGGGAUUGUGCAGUCCAUUCCCACCUGGGUCCUGCAGAGUGAAGCGUUUCAGCAUCACUUUAAGGAAUAUGUGAAGGAAAGGGUCGAAAGCUAAGAGUUGUCAUUCUCAAAGUUUAUAUAGAGUAAAUAGUAUUGAACAUUUAAACACCACAACUGUUGUGUUUGUUUGCACUAAUUAUGACAAUACAGUAUGCAAAAAUAAAAGACUGUAAAAGAAAGUGUGAGAACGAAACAA